GAGCGGCUGUGGCGGGCGAGGGCCGCUGCAGGGGCCAUGGCGUUCGGCAGAGCCCAUCCAGGCACCUCCCGCGGCCCGGCAGGCCGGGGCAGGCCCCGGAGCUCAUGCAGGCUCUGCUUGUAGAAACUUGCGUUUGGCCUCCUGCACGCCCCGGUCGCCCUCGUUCCGUGAGUCCCGCUGGCUUUCAGCGUCCUGGUGCCGCAGCGUGCAGAGACGGGAAGCUUUCCAGCUAGGCCCAGGCCUGCGGUAAGAGAGGACAGAGCCUGGUGACGACCUCUGCGGAGAGGAAAGGGCAUAAUACCCUGUCAGAGGAGUAUUAUCAUCAGAAUUCUGGUAUCAGUUGAGAGAGUGAAAUCUUCAAGGGUCUUUCCUCUGACUGUCUACUAUAGGUGGCAAAGAAACCUAAAGAAAUUUUUUUUGUGAAGAAAUGGCCUCCAGCAUUGGAAAUGAAAAGAGUGUGAAUCCUGUGCUCAGAAUAAGUCAGCUUGAUGCUCUUGAAUUAAACAAAGCCCUGGAACAACUAGUGUGGUCCCAGUUUACCAGCUGUUUUCAUGGAUUUAAACCAGGGGUGUUGGCUCAUUUUGAACCAGAAGUAAAAGCAUUUUUAUGUCUUAUAUUAUGGAAAUUCACUGUCUAUUCCAAGAAUGCAACUGUGGGACAGGCUAUUCUCAAUAUUCAAUACAAGAAUAACUUAUCUCAGACAGAGAAAUACCAACCUCUGAGCAAACACCAGAAGUUAUGGUAUCUUAUUUUCACUGUUGGUGGAAGAUGGUUGGAAGAAAGAUGUUACGAUUUAUUUAGCAAUCAUCAACAGCAAUCUUUCAGCAAAAUUAAGAGAUAUAUUGGUUUUGGAUCUGGACUUCUUAAGCUUUGUGGACUUCUAAAUUUUCUGAUUUUUCUUCGUAAUGGAAUGUUUGCAACACUUACAGAACGCAUUCUAGGAAUUAGGUCAGUUUUUUCCAAGCCGCAAAGUGUUCGUCAGGUAGGAUUUGAAUACAUGAACAGGGAGCUCUUAUGGCAUGGCUUUGCUGAAUUUUUGAUAUAUCUGCUACCACUCAUUAAUGUACAGAAAUUGAAACUUAAAAUUUCUUCUUGGUGCUCACCUAUCGCAGGUCUUUCCAGUAGUGAAAACACAUUAGCGGCUUACUGCAGAGAAUGUUCACUGUGUGGGGAAUGGCCUACCAUGCCACACACCAUAGGCUGUCCACAUGUUUUUUGUUACUACUGUAUUAAAAGUAAUUUUAUAUUUGAUAUGUAUUUUACGUGUCCUAAAUGUGGCUCAGAGGUACACGAUCUUCAGCCAUUGAAGUAUAAAAUUGAAAUGAUAGAAUUGCAUGUCUGAUAUUAGGUUGAUUAAGUUUUAUGCUGACAUGAUAUAUAUUGAAGAGAUUAAUGGAAGAAUUCAGGAAUUAUUGGAAGCAGACUGCUUAAAGAUGGUUUUGGAGACUCUGUAAUUGCAACAUAUGGUCUUAGGUUUUUAUUGGGUAACAGUGCCAUAAUGGCUACCCCGCUUGGCAGGUUGGGGAAGGUAGUUGGAUUUACUCUGGGUGUUACGUGGUAGAAACAACAGCAUUCUCAGGAGGUUCAAUAAGAAAUUUUACUUGCCAGCUUUAGAACAUGCCAGUUGAAUAAGGCACUUGGCAAACUUUGACUUAGAAAUCUUUAACUUGUCCAGACACAGUGCCAUUACCAACUUAGCUAGUAAUAGGAAAGUUGUUCUUUUCAUGCCUGAAGAAUAAUUUUAAAUUUGAAUUCCCACUGUGAUGUUACACUAAAAAAAAAAGUGUAAAGAAGGUGUAAGCAAAACAGUGCACCUUCUAGACCUUCAUGAGAUGACAACUAAUUUUCUCAGGCAACUACGUCUCUGAUCUUCAAUUACAUGUAUAUUGCCUUCCACCUCUUCCCUCAAAAGCUGAGGGAUAAGACCCACCAUCCUUGGAAUGUGGCAGCUGUUCAGGGUAACCCACAUUCUUCUGAGCCAGAGACGCUGAAGAAAACUUUACUCACAAGAUGUUGUCUGUAGGAAUGGCCACUCUUGUUUUUCUGGUCAAGGUGGGUGCCAAAUCUCAGCAUUCACUUCCACACAGAAAAAGAUCAAACACAGUUAUGUGCAUGUUAACAUAUUAAAAUAGGUAAUUUCCUGCUUUUUGCUUUUACUGUUUGCUUUCUUAGUUGGCUUUGCAGUGUUUUAAUUGUUCUAGCAAUUUAUCUAUUUAUUCUUCAACUUGGUUUUAUAAGAUUAUUUUCUUUUUAAUUGCAGUCCUUUUUUAGCAGGAAGUCUUAUCCAGAAGAGUCUCAUUAACGCAAAAAUACAUUGCAUCCUCUUUUGAAUCUUAAAUUGUCAAAAACAUAUACAGUUAAAUUGAGUAAAUAGCUUUAUGGUGACUCUGUUCUUGAUUGCCAAUCAUCAAUAGUCAGUCCCAAAAAUAGGGUAACAGCUGAUUAUCUUUGAUCUACUUUUAUGUUUAUUACAUUCUUCAUUCUACAUUCUGAUUAAAACAACCCACCAGCCUAUUUGUUUGAAGAUCUUAAAUUCUAGGUUUUGAUCUUUAGAGUGACACGCAGUGCUUUCAUCUGAUGUAAUUAAAUAUAGUUAGCGGAUGGGCAGCCCAAAACUUCAUUAAUUCUGCUACUGUUCUGUGAGUCAGCAGAGUCUUCAGAGCAAGUGCUUCCAGAUACUGUGCUGCAAUAUGAUUUGCUGUCAAAUGUGUGUAUUAGCAGCCUGCCAUAUUUCUGUUAUUUGCUGUUGCAAUUAGAACCAGCAGGUGCAAAUCCAUCUUUAUUAGAGUAUCAAAACUGACAAGUCAUUUGGAGAGCAUCCUGAAGUCACUUCUUGAUCCUGAAGGGAUUUUAUAUGGAUUGUCCUUCCACGUCACUUAAUAGCUUUUCCCAAAGAAAUGUAUUAGCAACCCUGACUUCAAGGUGAUCCGAUGUGUCCAGAAACAUCAUCAGCAUUUUUGGUACUUAUGUCUUUAACUGUCCUUAUUAAUUAAGACUUGUAUGCAUCCAAAAUCCAGUGUUUGUAGCUUACAAUCAUAGCAGACCUUUGUUUGCUGUGGACUCUUCAUUUAUUCUGAAGUCUCAGAGCAAUAUUUUGUCAAAAGAGCAUGGAUUCUCUAUAUUGGCCUCUAUUAGGUGUCAUGUCCUUCUUAUAUGGGAGUUAGCUUCUUUCCUAUUUAGAAAUGGUUUAUUUUCCUGAGUAUUUGAAGAAUGUUAUCUUCCUUUUUCAUUCCACCUCCCUCUGUCCUGCUGUUUGAUGUGCGUAAGCUGUAUGAAUUUCCUGGGGUUUGUUUUGUCUCUUGCAGCUUCAUGCAGGUAAAGUUUGUAUUCUGUUUUUCAUCCCUGUUACACUAUCAAUACAAAACCUGUUUCCAGCAGUUUAGUACCUCUGUUGUACAGCUGUUUUCUGCUGGCUGUGCUGUAUUGGACUUUACUGUUGGAGUUUUUUAUGGAAUCAAACUUUUAAUACUUAACUUACUUACCAAAGCAUUGGUCUGCUUCUGUAGCACCUCCUUAUGACUGUGUUGGGUUUGUAGCCCAUAGCAUUGCCAAAGUUUGUAAAGUCUGUGUCUUGCGGCAUAAACAGUUUUUGUUACCCUAAGAUCCUAGAUCUUAAUGUGGGCUUUAGUUCUUUUAAUUUCCAUGCAAGUAAGCAGGUACCAAGCUUCUCACAGAAGUAGGUGUUUUGGGAAAAGAAUGGUUGUUUAUGUCAAGUAUAGAUUUUUUUAUUAUUUUUUUUUUUUUUUUAAUGUACCAUAUGGUAAAGCGUUUGCUCAGUUGUAGUCGCGGCUGAGAUUAAUGAGACCAAGGUUCCGACUUGAGUAUUGAGAAGCUACUUGCUACCAGCUUAGCCUUUUAGUACUUCAAAAUCAAUAUUUAGCAUUUUCCUGACAGCACUUUAAAAUUAAAUAUAUACUUUUUUUAAUAUUUUAAUUCUGUUUUGUUGUGUCUUGUGAUCUAUAAGCUGCCGAAGAGUCUUAGUUGAAGAUAUUGCAGGAAAAAAAAUCAGAUAAUUUGUAGACUAAUCAAAAGAUAGUUAGUUUUACAUAUUAAUUACCUUGAUAAUUUGUCCUCAUAAGCGUUAUAUUUUUCCAGUUAAAACUCUAACAAAGGACUGCUGCAUCUGGUCAUGCUUCCUGCAGUAGAGGGAAUAAAAUUUAUUUUGAAAUGUUAAUCUUUAAAUGAAAGGGGGUUAGUAUUCAGCUACCAUUAAACUGUACAUAGGUGCAUCAGCGAAAAGAAUACAUGUUUAGAAUUUAACAAAGCUAAAGGACCAGAAUGUCUAUUCAGUCUUGGAUAGGAGUUAGAGCCUUGUAUUACCAAUUUUCUUUGUGCUGUGUUGACUUUGUGUGCUACAUGAACAUUUUCAUUAUCAAAAAUCAAAAAAUGAAGGUAUGAAUGAAACAGACUAAUUACAUUAAUAAACAUACUAGAAAAAUUUUCAUAUCUUCAUUUGAAUGAGAAUUACCAAUUUCCACAAGGUGUGAUUCAGGAGGCAUUCAGAUGAAAGGCAUCAGAGAAUGCUGAUUCUUACUUCCACAAACUAUCACCGUUCUGUGUACUCUCUAUGUUUGAAGGGAGGUCUUAUAUAAGUAAUUUUAUAGGAGACUUAAAAGUGGGAGUUUCUGUAAAAGAAAUGAGAGGGAUAGUAUUUGGUUUCUGCCUUACCUGGAAAUAUUUAUUUUUUCGUAAUUGUGAUAUAUGAUGGACAAAGAUGAUCUCAGCCUUAGUAAAGAGACAAUGUGAAGAAAAAUGAAAGAUACAUAUUUCCUAAAUACAAUUUAUUAUAAUGUCCCUAUUUGAGAAUACUAAUACAAUUGUUAUCUGGGAUGUGUCAUUCUUAUGAAAACCAAGUUGACAAAUAAAUUAUACUUUUUAACAGGA